AAAAGAUCCGAACUUAGCAACUUCCAACACUGCCGACGGUACCGGUGCUAAUUGUGGGCGAAGAGCGCAGCUUUGCAAGAGUUGGCCAGAAAAGCAUUUUCAAUAAGCAGCAAAAGUGAACUAUCAUCCUGGAAAAAAUGCUUAAAUUCAUGUCACAAAUGGAUCUCUAAAAUUGGUUUGAUUCCGGCAUGUUUAGCUGACAAAUGGAUCAUCUAUAACAAUGCUUUGAUGCAGAAAUGUGGCCAUCAGUUAGUUGAAGAGCUUUGGAAAAUGGUUUAUACAAUUCCAUGGAAAUCUUUCUCAUUAGAAAUACUACCGGUUGAUGAUCAGAUGAGUUUACUUGUUGAAGCUGCAAAAGUAGGAAACGUUGAAUUUCUACUUAUAAUUAUACGCUCUUAUGAUCCCGAUCUCUUAUGGCAAUUAAUAGAUGAAAAGCACGGGAUCAGUUUAUUUCACAUUGCUCUUAUUUAUCGGCAAAGAAGUGUAUUUAAUCUGAUACAUGAGAUAGGUGUCAUGAAGGAAAAGAUUACAAGCUAUAUUGCCGAUGGUGAUGACAAUAUCCAUGGCCUACACAUUGCCAAAGGUGAUAACAUGCUGCACAUUGCUGGAAAAUUGGCUCCUUCAGAUCAAUUGAAUACCAUAUCCAUUGAAGCCCUUCAAAUGCAGCAGGAAUUGUUGUGGUUUCUAGAGAUAGAAAAGAUUGUGCCCCCGUCAUAUGUGAACAAGAAGAAUUCAAAAAAUGAAACACCUAGGGAUAUAUUUAAAAAGGCACACAAAGAUUUGCAUGAAAAAGGUGAAAAGUGGAUGAAGAAAACAGCAACCAAUUGCAUGCUUGUGGCAACAUUGAUUGCUACCGUGGUUUUCACUGCAGCCUUCACGGUACCAGGUGGUGACAAUGUAGAAGUAAAGGAUCGUGACAAAGGGAAACCUCUUCUUUUGAACAGUAAAUGGUUUACGGCAUUCUUCAUAUCAGAUGCAAUAGCAUUGGUUUUCUCUUCAACUUCGAUAUUAGCUUUCUUGUCAAUUCUCACGUCACGUUACGGAGGGGAGGAUUUUGUCAAGCAAAUACCUCUAAGGUUGCUGGGUGGACUUUGUUAGAGACAAUAUAG